UUGACACGUGGUCUAUCUUGUCUAUCAUUUUUGACAUCUCGAACGAUUUUGCAAUAUACAUUAUAUUCUACUGUUUUCAAAAAACAAAUAAAAAUAUUAUUUUAUUUACAUUUUGCUAAUAUUUCUGUAAUACAAAAUGGCUGGUCAAGAGAACAACAAGCCCAAUCAGGAUAAAGCUGAGGCUGAUAGUGAAAUUGCGCCGAGCGAUGAAAACAACGAUGAUAAUAUUUGUGAAGAGUAUGAAAUGUUGGAUUCAAAAUUAGACGAGCUAAAUACGGCACUUGAUUUUCUGGAACAAAAGAAUGAUGAUAUUCACAAGAAAUUGAAGGAACUUCUUCAGUCUAACAUUGACAUUAGACAACAAUUGCAAAAUGAGAACUCCAUGUCUCCUGAGAAGUAAAUAAAAUGUGAAUAUUUAUGGGAUGUUAUAUUCAUUAUUUCUUAUAGUCCACAUUUAGAUAAUAUUACAUACUUGCAUUGUGAUUACAAACUGCAUUAGGCAUUCAUUAAAACUUCUUAUUUUUACUUUUAAACAAAGUAAAUGUGUUUGAAAUUUCACUCAAUAAUAUUUUAGUUACUUCAGAAAUUAUUGAUAAUUUGCCAUAAAUAAAAUUAUUAUGUUCAUUCUAUAAGUAUAUUACAAUUAUUAUUGUUAUGGGGCAUGUAAAGAUGACCUAGGCUAUGAAAGUAAAUUCAUAAUAAAAUAUCAUCACACUAAGGAAAAUAUCCCAUGGAAGUAUGCAACACAAUCUUCAGUUUGUUUUUUGCUGGCAACACACACUAGCCACUUGUGAAGUAUAGUUGGUCAAACCAAUUUGUCAGUCAUCCCUUUUCUUUUUGGUGCUAGUACUAGUGUAAGACAAAGAUAGUAUGAUUCCCUCUGUCUAUGAUUGAAAUGAGACAGUCCUUUGACAAACUAUAUAUAUGUAUGAUCUUUAAUACCAAAGCUGUGUGUUGUAGGCUGCACGUUAAAUUAUUUCAAUCCAUUUUAAGUAAUGUGAUAUCAUUAGAAUAGUCAUUUUAAGGACAAUGACUGUUAUUCUACUUUCAUACCCAAGGUUUAUAGGUCUUUUGCUAUUACAAUUAAAACACCAUAUAUUUUCUACCAUACCUACUUCAAUAUUUCAAUCAAUAUGCUUACUGUGAUAGAAAUGUUACUUGAAUAACUUGUAUUAUAUUUAGGUAUUAGACCUUAAAUUGUUGUUUUUUUAAUAGCUAUAAUCAGAUUUUGUGUAAAGAGGUGGUGAGAGAUUAUUUAAAGGUCAUAAUUUUUUCAAUUGUGACUUGCCAAAACACAGAUUAUUCACUUCUCUCAAAAUUGUAUUUAGACUCAACAUCCCUAACCGCCUCGGUGUAUAUUAAAUGUAAACUGAAAAGACAAGGUUAAUGAAUUAUUUAUUUCACCUACAUUUUAUUUAAUUACUAAGCAAUAAUAAAAUAAUAGAUCACUAGUAUUUUCAAAUAAGGGUGAUUGAAACAGUUUGCAGCAACAAUCAUUAGUGAAUGUUAAUGAUGAUCCUUUUUCUCAAAACGCAAUCCACAAUAUCCACAGGAGUGGUUGCCAGGCUUGUCCUAAAAAAUAAAGAAUAAUGCAUCAAUAAA